UUGGAGUUUUGGUUGCUCACACUCACACUCACACUCACACCCUCUGCUUCUUCUACCGUGCCGCGCGAGCCAGCCAAGGUUUGGAGCAUCUUAGUUGCAGAAACCAUGACGACUGUGGUGCCAACCUCCGAAGAAGACGCCGCGCUCUCCGUCGUUCGAUUCACCUCUGAACUCGCCUGGGCCGAUGCCGGUCCUGAGGUUGCUGAGCCACAGGUUAGUAGGCUGUGCAUGGAGGCUGAAGAGUUCAUUGUUAUGGGAAAGUGGUUGGAGCUAGCAUCAUUGAUGAUUACUUCUGCUGAAUUGAUUUUCUCAAAGGUUUCUGAAAAAGAUAUAGAGUCCAUCUUCACUAUCAUCUGCAAUCUUGUUACAAAGAUCGAAAAUCCUGAUGAAGUGAUGGAGAUUGUAAAAGUUAUAACUUCAAAAUUAGUUCAGCAGCCAAAUGAAAAGCCUGCCACACGAUUGAAGAUUUUGAUCAAUCUGUACAAUCUUUUGGAGACACCAUAUUGCCAGUUUUAUGUCUACAUGAAGGUAUUGAAUUUAGCUGUUGAUGGGAAAGUCACUGAAUACAUUAUACCUUCAUUCAAAAAGAUAGAUAGCUUCUUGAAAGACUGGAAAAUUGGGAUACCUGAACAGAGAGAGCUCUUUCUCACUAUCUCUAAUAUUUUGAAGGAAAAUAAAAGCAUGUCAAAGGAUGCUUUUAAGUUCCUGACCAAUUAUCUGGCAACUUUUUCGGGAGAAGAUUCACACGCUUUGAAUGAAGCCAAGGAGGAGGCUGCGCGUGCAAUUGUGGAAUUUGUGAGGGCACCUGACAUAUUUGAGUGUGAUUUACUAGACUUGCCUGCUGUUGGGCAACUGGAGAAGGAUGCCAAAUAUGCUUUGUUAUAUCAGCUUCUUAAGAUAUUUCUUACCCAGCGGCUGGACGCUUACUUAGACCAUCAGGCUGCGAAUUCUACCUUGUUGAAAAGCUAUGGCCUUGUGCAUGAAGAAUGCAUUGCCAAAAUGAGGCUGAUGUCAUUGGUGGAUCUUAGCUCUGAUGGAUCUGGCCAAAUUCCAUAUGAACUUAUCAGGGACACACUUCAGAUCAAUGAUGAUGAAGUGGAAUUAUGGGUGGUUAGAGCAAUAACUUCCAAGUUAAUUGACUGUAAGAUGGACCAAAUGAAUCAAGUAGUAGUUGUUAGUCAUCCUACUGAGCGUGUGUUUGGUCAGCACCAAUGGCAAGCAUUGAGAACAAAGCUAGUGACCUGGAGGGGAAAUAUUACAAAUGUUAUCAGUACCAUUCAGGCCAACAAAACGGAGGAUGGUUCUCAGGCAGCCCAAAGUUUGGUAGUUCGAUGAGGACGUUUUUAACUGAAGCAAUUGUCUGAAGGUCUGAAGUAUUUAGAUUUUAUCCAGGUGGAAUUUUUUUAAUCUUAAACAGGAAAAUAUUGUAAUUUUUGUUACAAAUUUUCCAUUUAUUUUAGGUUGUAGGUGACUCUAAUUGUACUACCCAACUUUGACAUAGAAGCCGUUUUGAUUGAAGUUUUUUGCCUUUUCCAUUUAUAUGUUUUGUUGACCAGUCCCACGUUUGCAUUUGAGUAUAUUAUACCUGUGGAUUGUGGUUCUAAGAAUCAAUAAACAGCUAUUUAAAUUUUAGUGA